AUGAAGGAGAAUAAUGAAAUAUCACAAGAGAUGAUCACGUCAAUGAAGGAGAAUAAUGGAAUAUCACAAGAGAUGAUCACGUCAAUGAAGGAGAAUAAUGGAAUAUCACAAGAGAUGAUCACGUCAAUGAAGGAGAAUAAUGGAAUAUCACAAGAGAUGAUCACGUCAGAAUCCUUUCCUAAGGAAGUCGAUAAUACCGAGAAAUAUGAUAAAUCAAAAUGCGAGAUCAACAAUUCAGAAAAAAUUGGCGAUAUGGUGACGGUGACGGCCGAUAAACGUCGAUGUCAACGUCCUCUUCGUGAUAUAAUUGGCAAACGAGAGCAGCGUAGAGAAGAAUUGGAAAAGAUGGAAGGAGAUCUGCGACAACGUCUGGAUAUGCUUGAGUGCUCGAUACCGGCGGUGAUGAUAUGGAAUAUUUGGAGAAUGUCACAAGGCGCGCCUGUCUGCAGGAUCAAGCGUAUUUUGGAGAAACAAUUUAAAGACACGAGAGAACUCUCUUGUCGCAGCACACCGAGCUGUCAUUACGAUUGCAGAGUACGAGAAGUUGAGGCAGAAAGAAAACUGGCAUUGAAAAAGGUGGAGGAAGCGCGAACUCUUUGGUCGGAAAAACUCGCGACGUUGGAAGAAAGAAAAAGAAAACUUGACGAAGCCAGGAAGAUUCAGGAAGAACAAAGAAACGCGAUAGAACGGUUAAAUGAAGAAAAUAGAAUGCUGCAAGAAGCGAUGGAAAAGAAACCAAUAGAAAUAGAAAAUGAAUUGUGCCAGUGCGGUGACACGCAAUGUAAACAGAGAUAUCUCAGCAAAGUCUCUAGCGUGACGUCCAUCGAAUCCGGAGACAUUCAGUGUCUGGAGAAGCUGCAACGAUUAGCGGAAGAGGAGAUGAUAACAAAGCGAGAAAUAACCGAGUUGGAACGCCGUGAGGAAGCUUACAUGAGAACACUUCAGCAGGCCGAUGAAUUGUGGUCAAAAAUGGAGGGCGACAUGGUCAAUACAACGAGCGCAUUGCAAGAACAAUUGGACAUGAAAACUACCGCCAAUCAACAACUUGCGAAUCGUGUAUGCGAAUUGGAAGAUGCGCUCGAGAAGUGCCGGACAAGACUAGUCACGUGUAGAACAGAACUAGAGAAGUUUCUAAGUAUUGAGAAAGUUGAAGCUACGAUAGGUCGCGACGAUGACGUUGCAAAAGUGGUAGAUAAGGAAGUUGCGGUAAAGGCUAAAGUCGUGCAUCGGCCAAUCGGUAGGAUAGAUGACAUAGCCACAGUAAAGGACGACGAAGUUCUUGCGAAGGUCGAAGUUGUGGAUGAGGAGGUAUUAGCGAAAAUCAAAGUCGUGGACGAGGAAGCGUUAGCAAUAACCGAAGUUGAGGAUAAGGAAGCGUUGGCGAGAGUUGCCUUGAUCGCCGAUAUAGAACCUCCUUUUAUCAUGGACGAUAAGUUCGUCUCGGUUAAACCCGAUUUGGUUGAUCUUGCUGUCGAUCGUCCGGUAGAUCUUGUACAAAUCACAGAUGUAGAAAGUAUAGUUCGACCGGAAGACGUAGCUUAUGAGCAACAGAAAUUUGAAGAAGCUCGGGAAUAUUUGGCACAAUUAGACUCGUUAGAAGAUCUGUAUACAGAUGACGGUGUGCCGUGCGCACCUGAUUUCGUAUGCAACGAUGUGGUGACGUCACCUACCGGUAUGACAGAUGAGGAACUUACUGCGUUGGGUGUGGAACAUCCUGUACUAACAAAGGAAUAUAAUGAAACCGUGAUUACUGAGGAACAAGAGAGGCAAUUUAAAAAAGAAGAAUUAGUAAAAAAAUUAGACAACGCUGUUGAUGAGGUUGAAAAAAGAGAAAAGAAAGAAGAUGAAAUCCCUGACGUUGAAAUUGAGAGAAAAAUUGCCGAGAAAGUGGAAAACGGGGUCGCUGAAGUCGUAGACGUUAGAGAAACUGUAACACGGGCAAUCGAAGAAGCUGAGGAUGAUAGGCUGGUAACGAUGCCGAAAGACCGAGCGCCGGAAGUAAACAGCAUCGAGGCUGGAAAUAAUCAAAAUCAGGACAUCGUGAUACAACGGAAGACGAUCCUAUCGUGGAUUGAUGCGAUCGAUACAAUUCGCACGACAGCAGCGAAACAUCCUGACUGUCAUGAAGUAAAGAAAGAUGCUGAUACCUUAGCAGAACAAGUUAGCACGUAUGUUGGGAUAAAACCUAAAGAAGUGGAAGAGGAAAAUGCAACAAUAAACACAGAAGGUAAGCAGGAGAAGGUGAUUGAGAAGAACAAAAUAAAAACUGAAAAAUUAAUAAGUGAAACUGAGUUACAAGACGAAUUAAUAAUUUUGAAGGCUAAAGAAACGAAACCUGCGAUAAAAAUUGAUUCCGAACCAUUCCAUAUCUCUGAAGAAGUAUCGGCAGAAGUGAAUGCAUCAAUGGAAGCAAUAGAUGAAUCAGAAUUACUACCUACAAAAGAGGAAGUACCAAUUGACGUAAAACUCCCUACCGAGGAAAGCGAAUUUGUAGAACGGGUUGCAGAAAAGUCGGAGGAAAAUUCAACGUUAGAUGAAACUAAAAUUUCAGACAUGAAAGAAAUGAUACCACCUAUGGAAAUUGUAGAAGUUUCGCCGAUUUCAGAAAAGGAAGAGGUAGAACAAGAAAACGCGAUGCCGGUAGUAGAUAUAAAAGAAGUAGAAAAAAUGAUACCAGAGACAAUUUCACCAACUGUGGACAUAACCGAGGUAGAAAAAUUCGAACCUGACAAAUUUCCUAUCGUAGAAAAAGCACCGAUUACAAUAGAAGCAAUAGAAGAAAAAAUUAAAGUGGAAGAGCCUAUUUUGAAUGAAAAAGAAGAUUCAUUGCUUCUGGACGCGAUUGAAACCGCAGAAACGCUACCGAUUGCCGAAAUAGUAAAAAAAGAAGAAAAUGAAGUCACAAAACCGUCACCGAUUGAGGUCAUGGAAAAAAAAGAAAAAAUUGAAGCCGUAAAGUUGCCACCAAUUUCGGAUAUAGUAAGAGAAGAAAAAAUUGAAACCGUAGAAUUACCAUCGAUUUCGGAUAUAGUAAAAGAAGAAAAAAUUGAAGCCGCAGAGGUUUCACCGAUUACGGAUAUAGCAAAAGAAGAAAAAAUUGAACCCGCAGAGGUUCUACCGAUUACGGAUAUAGUAAAAAAAGAACAAAUAGAAGCCGCAGAAUUGAUAAAGGAAGAAAAAAUUGAAGCGGAAGAAUUAUUACGUGCGGAUGAAGUAACAGAAGAAAAGAUUGAAAUAAUUCAGCCAAUACCAACAUUACCAACGAUAAAAAAAGAAAUGGAAGAGGAGAUCGAAGAAGACCUGGAAAAAGUGCUUAAAGAAAAAAUUAAAAAAGAUGAAGAUGAAGAAGUAAAAGAAGUUCCACUGCCGGAAGAAGUUAGACCUAUCGAAUUAUUUGAAAAGAAGGAAGAAGAAAAAAUACUUCAAAUGGAAAAAGAGGAAAUACCGACAAUAGCCCCGCUGCUCAAGAAAUCAAAAAUAAAAGAAGUACCAGAAGAGAAAAGGCCAGAAAUGAUCCAGAUAGAAUUAAAAAUUCCAAUUGCUGAAAUAAAAUCGACCGAAAUGGAAGUACCAGCGAUACCAUUCGAUUCAAGAUUAGUGCCGUAUCUAAUUAUAGCGAAGAUCAAAGAAAAGGAACCGCAGAUUAUACCCGCGAAGCCACCAUGUACGGAAUGUUGUUCGCAACCACCGAUCGAGACCACGAGGCAGUUCGAGAUUCCGCAAAUUGAUGUACCUCAAACCGAAAUCGUACAAACCGAAGUUAUACAAUCCGAGGUCGUACAAACCAAAAUGAUACAAACCGAGAUCAUACAAAAUAAGGUCGAACAAGCCAAAGUUGUACAAACCGAGAGCGUCAAAACUGAAGUUGUACAAAUAACUUCGCAGACAAUUUCGAUCCCUGAACCGCCCCGUAUACAAAGUAUUAGUGAAUAUUCAAAAUCAACCGAGCUAAAAGCAUCGAGGACUGAAAUCGCUGGCGACCGUCCUGAAAUAACCGGCCGAAAAAUGCUCUGGCGCGAACGCUUAAAGGACCAAUCGACCGUCACGACUUCCAGCAUCGGAUCACAGACGGAUAAAACAAGCCACGUUAGCCACGAUCGAGUUGUAAGAGAUGAAAGAGAACGCGCGAGAGUGCCCACGGAUGAACUUUUACGAUCUAUAAAGAUCGCCGCCGGGCUAGCGCGACCGGACACAGAACGCGAGAUUAGGACAAUUAAUUAUGGCGGGAAGUCCGACGAAAUGGGUAGAACAACUUGUAACUGUUGUUCAUGCGGUAAAACUCCAACUUCGCCGUCGACAAGACCUAGAUUAGAGGUUCAACCGCAGAUAGAUGCAACGCCUCCGGCGGCAUCUACGUUCAAGCGUAUGUUUAUUCGCCCUAAAAUCGAUCAGCCGAUAUUGCAUGAUAGAUUGUGUAGCGAUUGCAAAGCGAAAAUACAGAGCAAGAUACCGCAUGAGAGACAGCACAUCGAGAAGAUCAUCAAGAAGAUUUGUCAUGAUCAGGAGAGCUGCAGAUAUGUGUCACUGACUAGUAAAUCAUGUGCGAUAUCUCAAAAAAGAAUAAUCAAAAAAAGGGACCAGGCUUGCUUGGCCAAAAUAUCUAAGCAAAAGAUUAAUCCUGUCGAACAAAAAAGAAAAGAUAAUUUGCAGUCAAUUUUAGAGGAAAAAUCGACUGUGGAACCGCUAUCCGCAAGUUGCAUUUGCUUCAAAUUAGAGAAAACUGGUGCAGAACCAAUUAAAAAAGGAAACUGCUAUUGUGGAGAUUAA